CCGGGCCCCGGGCCCUGGGCCUCGGGCCCGGGGAGGUCCUGCUUCCCCGCGGCCCUUUCCGGCGGCCGGGGCGGCGGACGGCAGGGGCCGGGCCCAGCGCCCUCCCCGGGGGAGCCUGCGGGGUGCGCCCGGCCGCCCUCUCCGCUGCCGCCCCGGCCGCCCCCUCUCUGCCCCGGGCCGCCCCCGCCGUGUCCCCAGCACCAGCCCAGCUCUCGGCGCCCUUGGCUGACCUUGGCUGACCUGUAACUAACUAGUACGUUCAAGGCGGUUCUGGCGAAGAUCCUCGACCCGCCCGCAAUCGGACUCGGACGCGCUCGCCCCGCCCCGGCCCGCCCCAGCGGCCGCGCUCCUUCCCGCCCUCGGCCCCCACCCUCGGCCAGGACGCCCGCGGUCCUCUCACUGGUUUUCCAUUGGAACUUCUACGGAAGUGUUGUCACCAUCAAGACACAGUCACGAACUUUGGGUGUGCAUCGUGCAGAAACGGGACACCGAGAAGAUGUACGCCAUGAAGUACAUGAACAAGCAGCAGUGCAUCGAGCGGGACGAGGUGCGCAACGUGUUCCGGGAGCUGGAGAUCCUGCAGGAGAUCGAGCACGUCUUCCUGGUCAACCUGUGGUACUCCUUCCAGGACGAGGAGGACAUGUUCAUGGUCGUGGACCUGCUCCUGGGCGGGGACUUGCGCUACCACCUGCAACAGAACGUCCAGUUCUCCGAGGACACGGUGAGGCUGUACAUCUGCGAGAUGGCACUGGCCCUCGACUACCUGCGCAGUCAGCACAUCAUCCACAGAGACGUCAAACCCGACAACAUCCUGCUGGACGAGCAAGGGCACGCACACCUGACCGACUUCAACAUCGCCACCAUCAUAAAGGAUGGGGAGCGGGCCACCGCACUCGCCGGGACAAAGCCGUACAUGGCUCCGGAAAUCUUCCAGUCCUUCGUCAGCGGUGGGAGCGGCUACUCCUUCGAGGUGGACUGGUGGUCAGUGGGGGUGCUGGCCUACGAGCUGCUGCGUGGAUGGAGGCCCUACGACAUCCACUCCAGCAACGCCGUGGAGUCCCUGGUGCAGCUGUUCAGCACGGCGAGCGUGCAGUACGUCCCCACCUGGUCUAAGGAGAUGGUGGGCCUGCUGCGCAAGCUCCUCACAGUGGACCCCAAGCACCGAGCGUCCAGCCUCCAGGACAUGCAGGCGGCCCCGUCCCUGGCCGGCGUGCUGUGGCAAGACCUGAGCGAGAAGAAGGUGGCGCCGGGCUUCGUGCCCAACAAAGGCCGCCUUCACUGUGACCCCACCUUCGAGCUGGAGGAGAUGAUCCUGGAGUCCAGGCCCUUGCACAAGAAGAAGAAGCGGCUGGCCAAGAACCGGUCCCGGGACAGCAGCCGGGACAGCUCGCAGUCGGAGAAUGACUACCUUCAGGACUGCCUUGAUGCGAUCCAGCAAGACUUUGUGAUUUUUAACAGAGAAAAGCUGAAGAGGAGCCAGGACCCUGCAAGCGAGCCCCUGCCCGUCCCCGAGUCUGGGGAUGCUGUGGAGGACCGGGAGGCCGUGCACCCUGUGCUGCCCAUGUGUGGCUCCCUCUGUCCCUCCCGCCUCAGCGAGAGUUAAUGCUGCUUUGGAUACUCAGUCUGCCGGGACGACAGGACAGGCGGCGGGCCGUGGCCCCACAUGGACGUUCCCAAGCAGGCAGCCUCGCUCCUCCCAGCACAGAGCCGGCUGGUGGCCCUGUUCCUCCCUGGUCCGGAUUUCCCUGGAGCUCACGUGCUGGCUCUCGGCGGCACCGGGCAUGCGGAGGCUGUCAGUGUGGCCAAGGGCUGCACCAGGAGGCUGAGUGCCCCCCUCCCCGGAGGCUCUGUUCCCUGCAGUUGUGGCCUGUGGCCUCUCCUGGUGGCUCCCUGACCUGCUUCCCCUGACCCAUUCCCCCUGGUGGGCACCAGCCCUGCAGUGGCCACUGGACACCAUGCACAGGCCACCAGGGCCCACUCAGGCUUGCGUGUCCGGGGGGAGGUGAAGAUGUUUUUAUAGAUACUCCUGCCGUGUUUCUGUAGAUUUCUCACCUCUGAGCAUCACGACAUAAGAGCCAC